AUGGUACCAAUGAGUUUCGGACACAAGAUCUUUUCAGACCCUUCAGGUGUAGCAGUUGAUGAAAAGAAGUACAGAGGAAUGAUUGGAUCUCUGCUCUAUCUCACAGAAAGUUGUCCGGACAUCAAGUUUUCAACAUGUUUGUGUGCCAAAUUUCAAGUAAAUCCAAAGAUGUCUCAUCUUUUGGCUGUUAAGCAAAUAUUCCGAUAUCUCAAAGGUACAAAGAGUCUCGGAAUAUGCUACCCAACAAAUGAGAGUUUCCUUCUUCAAGCAUAUUCCGAUUCAAACUAUGGUGGUCUUCAAUUGGAUAGAAAAAGCACAUCUAGUGGCUAUCAAUUUUUAGGUGGUCAAUUGGUUAGUUGGUCAUCCAAGAAGCAAAACUGCAUUGCACUCUCUACAGCUGAAGAAGAAUACAUUGAUGUUGCUAGCUGUACCUCUCAAGUUCUCUGGAUGAAAUCUCAAUUUUUGGAUUAUGGUUUCCGCUUUCAACGUAUUCCGAUCUAUUGUGAUUCUCAAAGUGUCAUUGCGAUUUCGCACAAUCCAAUUUAG